CAUUUUUUGGCCUACUUUUCAUGGAAAUCAGAUGACCUUAUUUAUGUUUUCUUAGUAUCAGUUUUGUAAUCUAAACACACAGUGUCUGUUUAUUUUUAAAAGCUAAAUGAUUGCAUAACCAGUGAUAUGUCAUCAGUGACAUUUUUGUCCACACUAUAAAAUAGUUUCCUGGCAUCUACAACUAUCUCAAAUGGUGGUUGUAGCUGGACCCCAAACAUAAAAUAAACGAAGUUUAUAAUCAUGACAGAAGGCUAUGUGUGGCUAGAUGGAAUCCCUUUCCCUCAUGCAAAUUAUUCACCUGAAAUCAAUGAAGCACAUGAGACAUUUAUGGUGAGGGAUGAAGACAUAUUCAUGGUGACUUACCCCAAAUCAGGGACCAACUGGUUGACAGAAAUUGUUUGUUUAAUUCAGUCCAAGGGAGAUCCUACAUUUACCCAAUCUGUUCCUGUCUAUGAGCGCUCACCAUGGAUAGAAAUUAAUCAGUACAGUAUAGCACUAAAAAAUAAGGAGAGCCCACGUCUCAUCACUUCACACCUCCCUAUCCAACUCUUCCCCAAGUCUUUCUUCAGUUCCAAGGCCAAGGUGAUUUAUCUCAUUAGAAAUCCCAGAGAUGCUCUGGUAUCAGGCUAUCACUUCUGGUGUGCCACAAAUUACAUUAAGAAACCGGAAUCACUGGAAGGAUUCUUUGAAAAUUUUUUUCAAGGAAAAGUACCAUUUGGAUCAUGGUUUGAUCACACUCGUGGAUGGUUGUCCCAGAGAGAGAGAGAUAACAUUCUGAUACUGAGCUAUGAAGAACUGAAAAAGAACACAAGAAGAACUAUCAAGAAGAUCUGUGAAUUCAUAGGGGAGACUUUGAAACCACAGGAAUUAGACUUAGUACUAAAGAACAGCUCCUUCCAGGUCAUGAAAGAACGCAAGAAGAUGGCUAACAAAAGCAUUAUAAAUCAUAAGGAAACAUAUUUGUUAAUGAUGAGAAAAGGUAUCACUGGAGACUGGAAAUAUCACUUCACAGUAGCCCAGGCUGAAUACUUCGACAAAAUAUUCCAGGAGAAGAUGGCAGAUUUUCCAAAAGAGCUGUUCCCAUGGGAAUAAUGGUCACAACAAUCCAAAUUUUACAGAAAUAUUAUAUUGUUUUAUUAUCCUUGUACUUGUGUAUAGCAUUAAACUUAGUAUUUCAUCCAGAUUAUUUCGUUAGCAAAUUGUGGGCUGGUGAGGUGGCUCUGUAGGUAAAGGAAUGUGCUAUCAAGCCUGAGGACAUGAAUUCAAUCUUGACAUCAACAUGGUAGGAAAGAAUCAACAAGCUAAAUUGGACCUCCGACUUCCACACUUAUUACAAAAUAAAGUAAUGUAAACUUAAAAUCUUAUUAAAUUUUUAAAAAACAUAGAAUGAUAAAAAUGAUAUAAUUAUGAUUUCUAAUUGUUUCAAGAUGUUGUAGAAGAAAUAAAAUAUAAGAUAUAAAAGAAA